GCCCAUCCUGGCCAUGGUGGGUGAAGACGCAGACCUGACCUGUCAGCUCUCCCCGAACAUGAGCGCUGAGAACAUGGAGCUGACGUGGGUGCGACCCGGCCGCAGGCAGGUAGUGCACAUGUAUGCACACGGGCAGGAGGACACGCCGGCAGAGGAGUAUCGAGGGAGAACUUCGAUUUCACGAGAGGACGUCACUGUGGGAAGGGCUGUUCUCCGGAUUCACAACGUCAGAGCCUCUGACAAGGGAACCUACCUGUGUUAUUUCCAAGAUGGAGACUUCUAUGCAAAAGCCCAGGUGGAGCUGCAGGUGGCAGCGCUGGGCUCUGAUCCCCACAUUGACAUGACGGGCUACGAGGCUGGAGGGAUCCGCUGGAAUGCACGUCUGCCGGCUGGUACCCGCAGCCCCAGAUCCAGUGGAGAGACGCCAGGGGACAGAGCUUGCCCUCGGAGGCAGCAUCUGCGGCUGCAGACCCCCAGGGCCUUUAUGCAGCCUCAGCCUCUGUGAUCCUGGAAGGCGGCUCUGGGGAGGGGGUCUCCUGUGUCAUCAGAAACCCCCUGCUGGGCCAGGAGAG